UCUCCAGACUGGAGUUGUGCAGCGGCCGGGAAAGAUCGUCUCAUCUUUGGUUAUUGGGUCGACUUAAGGAAUCAAACAUGAAGGCAUUGGUUUUCUUCUUGGCAGCUUUACUUGAGGCGUCCUGCACUUUUGGAGAAGAGGCAUUGCACAUUCGCAUGAGGAGAGGAACGCGCAAGUGGGAAGAGCGCUGUUUGGACACAGUCACAUCCCAGAAAUACCAGCAAGGAGAUACAUGGCUGCGAUGGCAGGAUCAACGUGUGCAAUAUUGUCGCUGUAUGUAUGGCCUGACCAGAUGCCACUCGGUGCCAGUCACUGAGUAG